UUAUAACACAAAAUAUUACACUGUCCUAAUUUUCAGACAGUGUUUUACAACUCCGGUUUUAGCCCGACGCAUGGAGUGAUACAUCUAGCCAUAUAGACGAUCUUUGUUUGGAAUAAGAUGGCGUCGCAUGAGGGACUAGCAGCUCUGGGGGUGGAGGGAGCCUCGGCGGCUGCACACGCUCUGUCUCUGCCAGCGGAAGCUUACGGAAAUGACCCCCGACUUGAAGCCAUGUGGGCGAUGAAGGCCUACAACCACGCAGAGGUCUAUUUCAACCUCAUCUCAUCUGUCGAUCCCAAGUUCCUGAAGCUGACAAAGGUGGACGACCAGAUCUACUCGAGUUUCAGAGAAACCUUCAAAGACCUGGAUGUGAAGCGGCUGAAAGAGGAGGACCUGAAGUCAGACGAGGCCAAGCAGACCUGGCGCCCCUUCUGCAAUCAGUUUGAGGGAAUCGUGGAGGACUUCAACUACGGCACCCUGCUGCGUCUGGACUGUGAGAAGGACUACAGCGAGGACAACACCAUAUUUGCCACCAGAGUCCAGUUCUUUGCUGUGGAGAUCGCCCGAAACAGAGAAGGCCACAACGACACGGUGUUCACAUCCAAACGGGCAAAGAGCUAGCCUCCAGUUCAACCAGCAAACACCAGUACGGACUCGUCUCACCCCGCUCGCCCUCAUCAGAUGAACUGCAGGCGCUGAGCAGACAUCGCAUGUUGUCAGUCGGCUCAGGGCUGUUUGCCAUCCAGCUUUUUUAUAUUCCCUCUUAAGAUUUAUCCAGCGUUGGUGGUAAUUGGAAUAAAUAAGAAGAGAACCACAGAGUGUCCAGUCUGAUGUUUGUAGUUCCAGAAGGAAAGAUGGAAGAAAUCAGCAGAAUGAACUGACUAAGCUGCUGAGGAAAAGAUUUCACAUUAGCUGAUGUUGCUAAUGGUUAGCGUCUAACAGGAGAUUCUGCAGCAUCCGCUGUACAACAACCAAAUAGUGACCUCCCAUUGGCCAUCAGAUUGCUCAACCCCAAUAAUCACCCCGCUAAGACUGUUUCAAAAUGCAGUUUUAUAUAGAUGUAUAUUUAUUUUAUUCAUUUUUUGUCUUACCUGCACCAGUUUUGUAAAUCUAUAGGCCCACUUAUAGAUUUUCAGUAUUUUUUCUGUACUCUGGUACGCAAGCAUUUUGUUGCCAAAUUCACUAUUGUGUCUUUUUGCAAUGACAAAGUCUAAACACACAAUCUUAUAAGAUGGAAUGUAUAGGAGAUUGUUUUAAGUAAAUUGCUUAAUGUUGAUGAAAAUGUGGAAGGUCCGCUGAAAAAUUAUUUCACUUAUGACAAAUUCUUUUCCCCAUAAGUAGAACUAGUACUUUUUAAAAGAACAAACUGCACCUCAGAAAGUGGCAAAAUUACCUUUUUAUCUCCAAAAUAAUUAACACUUAAUCAUUUAUUUCAUUAUUUGAUUUAUUUUAAUUUGCGGAUUAGGCCUGUUGAAAUCGAGCUCAAUGGGAGAAUUUGCAGACGGAGCACUGAUGAGAAUCAGGUUGAAUUGUAGGAAGGCCCUGGCUGGUUAAGUCUUUUUACACUGAAUACAAUCAGGUAAUUUUAAUCAGUUGCUCCAGCUGUGAUCCAGCUAGCUACAGGUUUUUUGUUAAACAACCAACGUGUCUGUUUCCAACCUGGUGCUGUACUUUAGAACAGUGUUUUUCAAAGUGGGGGCCGUGGUCCCCUGGGGGCCCUCAGAAUGUUGGAGAGAAGAUGUGAAAAAAAAUAAAGUAUAAAAAUUUA